AUGGUUUUCUGCGGAAAACCAAGCAAAGGGUGUGGCCAGUGCCGCUCUCGAAAGAUUCGAUGCGACCAGGUCCGGCCUGCAUGCUCGCAGUGUCUCAAGGGCAACCGGUCCUGUCCAGGCUACCGAGAUGAGCUCUCGUUGAUGUUCCGGGAUGAAAGCCAGCAGGUUGUUCGCAAGGCUAGGAAUAGUGCUGCGGGGCGGAAGACUAAACCUGCUCGGAAGGCUAGUCACACUAUUUCCCCGAGCCAGAGCAGCCCUGGGUCGACGUGUGCGACGACGGGUUCGACGAGCAGCAGCGGCAGCAGUGAUUUAGUCGAGUUCAUCGACGAAAGCCAUCCGCAGCCGGAGUUGAUCGAGCGGCAGCCGCUGAUAAGACCGCAGCCUUCGUACCAAAUGACGCAGGAUGAGGCGGUCUGCUACUUCCUGCGGUAUACUCCGUGGCCUGGCUUUUACUGGAUGCUGGAUCUCAAUUCCGAGCUUUUUAAAACGACGGACUUCUCGAUCAGUCAGAUGGCCAUGAAAGCGAGCGUUGGGGCAGUAGGUACGGCGAUGCUUGGGCGUGUUCGACAAGAUACCUCCAUGAUGAUCGCUGCAGAGGCGGACUAUGGAUAUGCUUUGCAACUAUUGGCGUUUGCCGUGGCCAAUCCAGCAGAGGUGAAGGAAAACCCUACCCUUGGUGCCGUGAUGGUGCUGGCAAUCUUCGAGGUCGUCACAAGUCGGACCACGCAGAAUAUUGAAAAGUGGACAAGUCACAUCCGUGGCGCUGCUGCAAUCCUUGACCUGCGUGGCACGGAGCAAGUCCAGAAUGAAGAAGGCUUGAAACUUUUCAUCCAACUGCGGUUCCAGAUAAUCACGAGCUGCUUACAGUUGGGAGUACAUGUCCCACCAUCUGUCCUCGAAUGUGCACCAAUCUCCAUGUUCUUACGACCGCAGUCAGAGGCUUACGGCGACCGUUUGAUCUAUAUCCUGGGCAGACUGGCUAACCUACGAGCAGAUGUCAGAAGUAAAAGUAUGAUGGAUAAUCAGGAAAUCCUCGCCGCUGCCUAUGGCAUCGAAUCAGAGCUGAUGGCCUGGCUUGCAUCUCUGCCGGCGGACUUCCAAUACACCACGGUCGAGAACCCACGCCCAGAGACCUCGGUGAAGCGGCUCUGCCGUGGUAUUAUCCUAUAUAACAAUCGGUACCACAUCUAUAAUGAUCUCUGGACCUGUCAUACAUGGAACCAGUACCGUUGCGCGCGCAUCGUCGUCUGUGAGAUCAUCCUGAGCUGUCUCCGACGUCUCUUCCUCAACUCGGCAGGUACUUGCGUGCCCAGCGAACUUCAGAACCACUGUUUCCGGAUCCGCAGCACGACACGACAACUUGCCGCUGACAUUUCCGCCAGCGUGCCCUACCAUUUCGGUGUGGGGAACACGGGGAAUAGCCAGCCGGGGUCUGUGCCGGUCAACGAGAGUCACACAGCUGGUCUGGUACUCUUAUGGCCACUGGUGCUGGCCGGUGCGACCGAGGGAAAGAAUCACCCAUUGCGGAAAUGGUGCAUAGAUUGCUUGCGGCUCAUCGGGCAUGGUAUGGGAAUCGACCAGGCUCUAGCUUUGGUCGAUGUACUCGAAUCUGAAGUGGGGAUUUUCGAAGGGGUGAAUGAUGACGGAGUCAUUAUGGAGGAAAAGGGCUCUGCCAUUGCCAACAACAAAGUACUCACGAGUACUUGGGGGUCUGACUGA